UUUUAUUGUAUUUAAAGUUUCCCUCUUAUUAUUUAUUUCAAAAUGCCACGAACAAGUAGUCGUAAAAAAAAGCCAAAACAACAAACUUUACGACCAAACCAUAAGUUACCUCCUGAACUCAUUACUGAAAUAUUUGAAUAUUUAUGGGGAGGAAUUAUAGACGAACAAGUAUAUGAGUCGGAAAUACCCAAUGCGAUUGACAAUCAUUUCUCACAAGAACAGUCAGAUCUUUUUAGAGUUUCUAGGGUGUGUUCAGUCUGGCGUCAAAUAGCUGUACCGAGAAUAUGGCAAAAAGUAUUGUUUCAACUUGACGCAGAACGAGACUGGGAAAAGCUAUUUCAAUGGAUAAUCCAAGAAGGUUAUGGUAAAUAUACCAGACAGAUCUAUAUAGAAUAUGAUUAUGAUCCUAAACAAAAUGAAACAGAGUCUACGCUAAGUGAGAAAUUGAACGGUAUUGUAAAAUUUGCUAAAACAGUACCUAACAUGCAUACUUUUGCAGUCAGAUUCAACUCCGUUACCACGGAUCAUAUUUCCGAGGAUCUUCCACCUGUAAUGAAUACUUUUUUUUCAGAUAUAUCAGAAUCGUGUCGAUCCGUUCGGAGAGUUAAAAUUCAUACAUCCGCGUUACGUGGGCCCAAUAAAGAUGAUACACUCAAUUUACCGUCUGUUAGCAAUAUUAUUUCAAUGGUUACUGGGACUGUUCGAGAAGUUGAUUUAAUGAUGCAUGUCGCGAAUCAAGAAACUAUUGGAGCACUUCGCGAUUGUAAAAAAAUAGAUCGCGCAUUAGUUCAUUGUUGUGAUUGGAAAGAGACACCGGAAGAUUUCUAUACAUUAUUAACAUCAUGGAAAAAUAUCAAGAACCUUCAAAUUGAACCACCACAUAUUACAGACUACAACUGGGAAGAAAUUUAUACAAAGUCACUUCAAUAUUUGGCAGAUAAUUGUGGAGAACAAUUAGAAGAAUUGUGGAUGCCUUUGAGAGAGGAAGAUCAGAAGUUAUUCUGUAAUCUUGUGGAAAAUACACCAAAUUUGAAAGUGUUGGCAUUAGAAGGAAGGGAUUUCGAGAAUGAUGGACAUUUCUUGGAUGUUGUAGCAAGAACCACCCCACAUCUUAAUUAUAUUCAUUUAUCAUACUUUCCAUCUGUUACAGGAGAUAAUAUUCAAGAUAUUAAGUGGCACCAAUUAAUGGAUGUCAAUAUAAUGGGUUGUGAAAAGUUAGUAAAGAAACGAUUUUUCGAUAGUGUAAAAAAAGAUCAUUGUUCUAAACUUAAUAUUCACAUAUACGAUCUUGAAGGCAAUAUUACUGAGGAAAGAUGAUAAAUAAUUCUGUACGGAUGACUUAACUUUUUCAUUGGUUGGAAAGCUAUUAAUUUUUGGAAAUUCAGAAUGGAUCCGGGAAAUCUUCUUAUAUCUUUAUUGCAUUAUCUAGAUAUGAUUUCAUAGGUAUUUUUUUCCAAAUGUAUUUUUUUAUUCUUAUAUUGUAUUAUAAAGUUUUCGGCUAGAUUAAUUGCUGCAUUUCUAAUGACAUUUGAAUAAACAAACAAAUAAACGAGCC